AUGUUCGUUCUGCCACUUCUAGUUUCUUUCCUGGCCUUUACUGGCCACGCUUCAGCGGCAACAUGGUAUUUUCUUCGUUAUUACACGCCGUCAGGAGCAAAAUUCACUUCCUUUUCUGGACAAAUGGUCAUACCUGCUCUGCCGAAAGCCGGCACAUAUUAUCUCUGGCCAGGGCUACAACCAUCCGAUGGCAGUGGGGUUUACCAGAACGUAUUAGAUGGCCGAAGUGGAACUUGGUGGAUCGGUUCCGGAUGGUGCUGUAGCAAUCCAAGUUUACCUUGGGGAAGUGGUUUCAACACUUACGCCAGCGAGACAGUCACGUUCAGUAACACCCUGAAAAGUGACAACUCCGGCUGGACGUCCACCCUCACCCGGUCCGCCACCGGCGCUAGUGUCACAGACACAUUUGCGCUUGUCUACUUUGAAGCCAGCAAGUCUUUCAACCAGGUCCUAUUCGCUAUCGAACUCACGGGAGUAAGCUGGGACUUUGGACAACUAGCUUUCAACAACGUCAAAAUUACAAGCACUGGCACGGACUCCAGUUGGUGUGACUCAACACCAGAGAACUAUAAUAGUGCAACUACCUUCUCAAUCUCUGGUGUUAAAGCUAGCGUUUCAGGUUCUACUGUGACCUGUACUAUUUCAUCGCUUGUUCUACAAAAGCCAGCAUAAGGCGAGCGAUGUUUACUAUAAUCACAUGAGUAUUGUAUCAAAAUAUUGCAAUAUAUUCU